AUGCAGCAACUGAGGGAACAAGCAAUAGAAGAUGCACUGCUGGCAUCGGAUGAAGAGUCGGCAGAAGAGGACUCUGUAGAAAUGGAUAUUCAUGAAGAUGCACAAAGUGUCGACGAUGACACUACUUCUAAUAUAUCAGAAGCUCAGUUGGAGAUGGAAGUUGAUGAGUCUCCUUCUCCACUGGAUGGAAGACAAGUAAAAUUAGGUAAUACACAUUUUACUUGUAUUGGAAACAUGUUGUUGCCCCAAAAAAGAGUUUUGAAGGGCAAGGAAAAGCAAGGAUACCCUACCUACAAAUGGAGUACUAAGCCACCGCCUCCUCAUCGAACUCCUGGUAGGAAUAUAGUCCCAUAUUUACCAGGUCCUGUGGGUGUUGCCAAAGAAGUGACUACAGAACUGGAUGCGUUUGAAUUGUAUUUCAAUAAAAAAAUUAUUGAUACUAUACUUGUUCAUUCUAAUCAGGAAAUCGCUAAACAAAAAGCAAAUUAUGGCCCGCAAACUUCAUAUAAAAAAGAUGUUGACAUCUCAGAGCUGAAAGCGAUUUUUGGCCUUUUGUAUCCGACUGCAGUAAAGAAAGAUAACAGAGUAUCAACUAAUUUUUUGUGGAGCAUCUCUAUGAAAUUUACUAGGCCAUCAUGUCAAAAGAGCGUUACAAAUUUCUAA